UCCCCACGAUAAUACAGUUGAAUCCCCAGUAGUCGGAAAGUUCCUCGCCUUCUGUCCACAUCAUCGUUAUUUCGUAGAUUAAUUCCUGAACAGUUCUUUAGUCAUUCAGUAGGAUUCAGAAAAUCCAUCGAACCGGCCGGUUGUGUUGAAGGUGGACGUUCCAUAGUCCGGGAGUGAAAUAUUUAGUGCUUUUACAACUCAUCAUGAAGAUCUUUGUACUGCUGGGAGUCCUUGGGGCUCUUCUGGGUGGAAUUCACUGCGAAGAAGAAGUCAAAGUCGAAGAUGGUGUUCUGGUGCUCACCAAAGAAAAUUUCAAGGAUGUCGUCACAAAGAAUGACUACGUUCUUGUAGAAUUCUAUGCUCCUUGGUGUGGACAUUGCAAAUCUCUGGCUCCAGAGUAUGCCAAGGCAGCUCAGACAUUGGCUGAGCGUGAGUCAAACAUCAAAUUGGCCAAGGUAGAUGCCACAGAGGAGACUGAAUUGGGUGAGGAGCAUGGAGUUAGGGGAUAUCCGACAUUGAAAUUCUACCGAAAGGGUAGUAUCAUUGACUACACGGGUGGUCGCAAAACCGAUGAUAUCCUUACGUGGUUGGCUAAAAAAACAGGACCAGUUGCCGUUGAACUGGAAACUGUUGAAGCUGCAGAAAAACUCCUUGAGGACAAUCAAGUGGUUGUCGUUGGCUUCUUCAAGGAUCGUGAAUCUGAUGAUGCUAAGAAUUUCUUGGCUGUUGCCAAUUCUGUGGAUGAGUACAACUUUGGAAUUACCAGCAAUGAGGAUGUCUACAAGAAGUACGAAGCUUCAUGUGGUCAAGUAAUUCUGUUUAAGCAAUUUGAUGAGGGCAAGGCCGUUUAUGAGGGUGGAGCUGAUGAGGACAAACUGAAGAAGUUCAUUCUCAGUGAAUCUAUGCCACUUGUUGUGGAUUUCAAUCAUGAUUCGGCCCAGAGGAUCUUUGGUGGUGAAAUUAAGAAUCAUUUGCUAUUCUUCCUGUCCAAGGAUAAUGGUGAUUUUGAGAAAUAUGCCGUACCAGCGAAGGAUGUUGCCAAGAACUUCCGUGAAAAUGUCCUCUUUGUCUCCAUCAAUGCUGACGAUGAGGAUCAUCAGAGAAUUCUGGAAUUCUUUGGUAUGAAGAAGGAAGAAGUGCCAGCAAUGAGGCUUAUCCAUUUGGAAGAGGAUAUGGCCAAGUAUAAGCCUGAGAAGAAGGAUUUGACACCGGAAUAUGUGAAAGAAUUUGUUCAGGCCUUCUUGGAUGGAAAACUCAAACAGCAUUUGUUGAGUCAGGAUCUGCCAGAAGAUUGGGAUAAGGAGCCUGUUAAGGUGCUUGUGUCCAGUAACUUUGAUGAAGUUGCCCUCAACAAGGAGAAGGAUGCCUUUGUCGAAUUCUAUGCUCCAUGGUGCGGUCAUUGCAAACAAUUGGCUCCAAUUUGGGAGCAAUUGGCUGAGAAAUUCAAGGAUAACGAUAAGGUGGUCAUUGCUAAAAUGGAUGCCACAGCUAAUGAGCUAGAACACACGAAAAUCAGCUCAUUCCCCACGCUCAAAUUCUACAAGAAGGGCGACAAUGCCAUUGUGGACUACAAUGGUGAGAGAACCCUCGAGGCUCUUUCUAAAUUUGUCGAAUCUGGCGGCAGUGAACCUUCCACCACGGCUGAAGAGGUACGUUUUCUUCAUUACGAAUUCACGAAUCCCGGAGUUAUCACACUAGAAAAUUUCAGGACGAUUGGGACACCGGUGUCCCAUAAAGAAAAUAAUUUUUCCUGACUACCUAAAGUUAUUUUUUUCUUAUGUCUAUUAAUUGUAAAGUAGAAGGUUGAAGGAAUCUAGAAUAUUUUUUGUAAGUCUCUAGCUAUUUGCUAUGUAGUAAAUAUCCCAUUCCUUACCAUGGUAUUAUACAUCAUACGCAAAUUGACUGAUUGUAGAUGAUUUAUUUCUGGGCAAUUGAUAUUCGAAUUUCUGUCGGGAAUGGAUCUUUAGUUACUUUAGUCCUUCAAUUACUUGGAAAAAAUAGCCCGACAGAGAUGGAAAUACAUUUUGUUAUUUUUUUCUCGCUUCGCGGAAAGUCAUGCAAAAUUUUUGCUCAAAAUGGCGGACGGAAAAUUCGACAUCCCGUCGAAUUUGUUAAAAUUGACCUCCAUCCUCUUUCCUGAUUUGAAUUCUAAUUGCCAAUAUGUUUUCUUGGAUAGUUACUCUAUCUAAAUCAAUAGAGUUUGUAAUGAAUUAAUGCACAGAAUUUAAAUUCAGUGACCGUUACGCGUGUUUGAGGGCGAAUCUCCGCGCCCCCAUAAUGGAUAAAAUUUUUUUCUUUUCAAGAAAUUCAUCUAUUAAUCUGUAGGAAACUAAUCCCAAAAUAUGAAUAUUCUCUCUGAAGUAUUUAUAGUACAUUGACUGAAUGGGUUAAGCUCAAAAAUGGCGAAUUUUUAAAUUCUCAAAUUCAUAAUUGAUUUCAUUUAUUUUUUAUACUUCCAAUUUUUUUUAAGCAAUAACCGUGAGAAUAGUGCCAAAAAUUUUUUUUCCUAGUUGAAACGCUCUAAUGCACAGCCCCAAUUAAUUCGACCACCAUCUCAUUUGACCACGAAAUCGUAGAAGUUUAUGAAGGAAUAUAAAAUGUAGAUCGAACAAAUUUUUGUUUAGUUUUUUUCUUACUUAUUCUCUGUACCGAUCUUUUUCAACGUCUUUUGUCCUUUCUCCAUCUCGUGCGCGAUAAAUACUAGGUAUUAGCACUACAUUUUAUCACAAUUUAAUCACGAAUAAAUUAAUGAGAAAAUUGUGGCGCAGAAACUACCCGAAUGACUGCAAUAAAGUAGUACCUGAUGAAAAUGUAAUGAGCAAAUUUUGCUCAUAAAUUUGCUCAAUUCUUAUUAAUUUGCUCAUUAAUUAUCAAUCGUAUUUAUGCUAUUUUAAUCUAUUUAAAUCAAUUUUUGUGACUCGACUCCACUUUUUUAUCACUAAAUGAAUAGAUUUCUUAAAUCUCUUGACGAAAAUUGCACAUGAGGACACAUAUCAGCAACAAUUAAUGUGAAUCACAUUAAAAUUUUAAUGUGAAAUUCUCUAGUGUGAUACCACGGUAAAAAUGACACUUUAAUUGUUUUUUUUAUUCCCUAAAGGAGGAGGACGUAAAGGUUGAUGAGCAACCAGCUGAGAAGGACGAAUUGUAGACUCCCGGAUGCGAUUUGAGGAGCAUAGAGCCAGAGAGAGAGAGGGAUAUAUUUGUGUGUGAAUGCGGAAAAAAACUUAGAUUAACGUGUGAGUGAAGAGAUAAUCUUCCCCUCCCUGAAUUUAAAAACAAAAAAUAAGAAAAAAAAACUUGUAAUCCUUGUUAUCCCUCUCGUGAGGUAUUCUCCCCGUAUCUUUUUUUUACCUCUUCCCUUUUCUAAUUGUAAGUUUAAAAAAAGAAGAGAGAGAAAAAACAAUUGUAGAGUAAUGAAAAAAAAAUAAUGGAAAGAAAACUUAUUGUAAAUUAUAUCUAACGAGACUGUUGAGAUGAAAAAUCACACGAUUUAUUUUUCAAUGAAAAUUAUUUUUCCUACAAAUUGUGACUAUAGCUGGAAUACAAAAAAAAGAUAUCUCGAGGAAAUUCUCUGCUAGAAUUUCUUGUUUUCUCCAAGAAAUUAUAUUGGUGGAAAAUGCCUCGUAGAAAAAAAGAUAAUCAGUGUUACUAACAUUCCCUCACUGCAGAGUAUAACUUUUUUUUUAAAUUGAUAUUCUAUCUCUUAACUUAUUUCUUGUAAGAGGAGGGGUACAGUCGAGGGGAGAAAUUUUCCCCCCAAAAAGGAAAAAAAAGGAAAUGGCACAAAAAAUCUGAUCGCAGAAACAAUAUCUUGGGUGCGCAUUUAAAUUUUGUAAAUGAAAAUAAAAUGGAUGGGAAACUUCUAAAAAUUCAACAUUUUUUUUUAAAGAUUUUUAUUGCUACAAUACAGUAGUUUCUAGUGCUAUUUAUGUACUUCUGGAUCCAAUGUGAAGCAUUUUAAAUAAAUUUUUAUUAAACUUUCAA